UUUCCAAUGGCGGCCGAGCGAAGGACGCCCAAGCCCGCGGAGGUAAUCGCCUACUACAAAUCCAAGGGCUUGAAUCAGGAGCAGGCCUGCGAGAAGGCAGUGGAAUCGCUCCAGAAGGCGCUGGCUCUCUCGCUCCGGCGGCAGCAAAUCCAGCCCGAGCGCAUCGCAUUGCUCGAGUCCCAGGUCGUGAAUGUCGGGCAGGCGGUGAGGGAUCUGGACAAGAAGCUCUCGCGGCUGGAGAUGGCGCUGGAUUCGAAGCCCGGCAUCGCGCAAAUCUUCGCUGCCGGGGUCGCGUCGGGCAGCGCAAUCCGGGGCCUCUUCGAUGGAGCUCCCCAUCUCUUCCGCGCAAUCGCCCAGGUUUCUGGAAAUAUCUCCAGCUCGAUGCGUCACAAAUCUUCCAGGCUUUAGAGCCAGGUAGAGUCGCAAGAUUGGAUUGAGCGAUGAAUGGAUUCAAAGAUUUCCAAGCUAGCAAGUGUUCUUCCUAGAUUGAUCAAUGGAUGGAAUGGAUCCAAGCUCGAAA